AAAAAUCGAUAACAUUCGAGCGCCGAAAACAGACAUCUGUUUUUCCACAAAAUAAAAAUAUAUUAUAAUAUAAUAUUAUUAAUAUUAUAACACAAAAUGUCUUCAAACUUCAAGGAUUUGUACAAAAGAAGCAUGGACUCUGCUGAACAGCAGAGAAAGCGCCAACGCGAGCUUCUGAAGGAGCAUAAACUAAGGCGGCAGCAGGAACGAGAUGAGAACCGGGUGAUGCCAGUACAAUCUUGUAAAAAGAGUAAGCAAAAGCAACGGGCCAAUUACAGGGGACGGACAAGAGAUGAACUCCAGUACAGACCGCAAUUAUCCGAAUGGCUGCGUCACAGACCCGAGGAGCUUGGCGAUUGGCUUUUAGUUCCCUGUCCCAUUGGCAAACGUUAUUUGGUAGUUGCCAAUAACGGUAAGACCAAAGUUUACAAUAAGGGCGGCCGGCAAAUAAUGCAAAUCCAAACAAUGCUGCCCGGUGAUGGGCAGCAGCACAAAUGUACAACUAUUUUGGACUGUGUUUAUGUAGAAGAUAUGGACAUUUUCUACGUGCUCGAUGCUAUUUCCUUUGGUCAACAAGAUUUACAGGAGUGCGAGGCAAAUUUUCGUUUCUAUUGGCUUCGAGCUCGUUUCGAUGAAUAUCCUGUUGAUCUUGGUCAGUGCAGGGAUGGCCAUGAAAAGGCCUUUGUAUUGCUAAAGCACUACGAUUUUGAAGAUGCAUCUGCUGUGGAGGAAGUGCUGCAAAAGUAUCCCAUUUGGGAGGAGAACAAACCACAAUUGGAUGGUUUCCUCUUCUAUCACAAGCAAGCAAGUUAUGUAUGUGGAACGACACCUUUAGUCUGCUGGUUGUUUGCCUAUAUGUUGCCCAAUCUUUUGGGAUUGCCAGUAAAUGGCAAUUAUGUGGCUCCCGAGGACUAUUUACCCGAUCAGGCUUUGGAUUACAUGGAUGAAUUUGAUAGAAAACUAAAAGAGCAGAGGAAAAAGCCAAUACAAAAGCGGGAAAUGACGAAUAAACCCACAGAGAUGGACCAGGAACCAGCGCAUGCGGUGGAAGAGGAAAGUGACGAAGAUGCGAGCUUAAGGAAUCUUUUGAAUCAUCAGCGGCUUUUGGAAUUGGGCGAACUGGAUAUGGACUGCAGCGAACCAUCCUUAGUUUCUCCUCCUCCUCCUCCUCAUGCCGCUGCUGUGAGUUGCUGAUUGUUUGGUGGUGACUUUUCUGCGUUUGCGCAUUAACUUCUAGACCCUGGGCCAGUGUAUUAGCCUCAAGUUUUGAGCCCAGAUUUCUGCCAACCAGAAAAGUUAAAUUAAUUUAA